AUGGCCGCUCCACCUGCCUCGUCGCUCCUGCUGGCGGUCGUGUGGCUGCUGCUGCUGCUGCUGGCGUCCAAAGGCUCCCACCCCUCCUGGGGAAGGCAGAGCCAAAGCCGGUCGGCGGCAUCCCCGGACGGGGAGCCCUGCUGGGUGAGCCAAGCCAGAGCCGCCACUCUCCCCCAGCACCCUUAUGCCACCUACCCGCGUCCGAGCGUGGGAGCGUCGGCGGGGCACCGCGCGGCGCCCUCGAGGCUCCGCCGCGCUCCCAGUUCCGACGGGAGCAGCGUGGAAGACACGUGGGAAGAGAGCAACGCUUUCCCGCUACGCCGAAGCGCACCAGCCGGCCCUUCUGCCCCAGCUGCGGGUUGGACGCCGGAUUCCGUCGCGGCGCUUUACUUCUCCGGCGGGGCCGAGCAACUAGUGUUGCGGCCGGGAGUCCUCGCCGAGCUGCCCCGGGGCGAAUUCACCAUCGAAGCUUGGGUGAAACCCGAGGGGGGGCAGAGCAACCCGGCCAUUAUCGCAGGUGUAUUUGACAAUUGCUCUCACAUUGGCAGUGAUAAAGGGUGGACUUUGGGCAUCCGUUCGGAGGAGAAUCCUGAAAGAAAGAAUGCCCGUUUCUUCUUCACACUCCGUACGGACCGUAUCAAGAAAUCGGCCACUAUAUUGGCGCAUCACCGUUACCAGCUCCAUACAUGGACUCAUGUGGCCGCCACUUAUAGCGGGAAGGAGAUGCUCCUGUACGUCAAUGGCAGGCGGGUGGCUCGCAGUUCCCAGCAGUCUGGCGACCUUCACAGUCCCUUCAUGGCCUCGUGCCGCACUUUGAUCCUGGGAGGCAGCAACUCAAACGGACUCAACUUCCGAGGCUACCUGGCUCUGCUAGCCCUUUGGAACAUUGCUAUGCCCCAAGAGAAACUUCAGAGGGCCUUCCUGGGAAAGUUUGAAGACAGGAAACUUUCCUUAUUGCUCAGUGCAAAGUUCAACCAUUUGCAUCAGCAGUGGCUAACAUUCAAGGAUGGAGCCUACCCACAAGUGGAGAUGAUAUAUAGACCAGAACCUCAAGUUCUGUCUCCACUUAUACCCCCACUCUGUGGACAGACUGCCUGUGAUAAUGUGGAAUUGAUAUCUUAUUACAACAGCCACUGGCCGCUAAGGAAUGAGAAAGUAGUGCACUAUCAGGUUGUCAAUAUCUAUGAUGAUGAUGGUCUCCAUCCCACUGUGAGUGAGGAACAGAUCGCCCACCAGCACCAAGCCCUGAAUGAGGCCUUUGCCCGCUAUAACAUCACUUGGCAACUUAGUAUUCACAAAGUAUAUAACUCAUUGCUCCGCUACCGUGUGAUUCUAAUGAACUGUGAGCCGGGAAAAAUUGGCAAUGAGUUUUGCAAUCCUGAGUGCAAGCACCCUUUGACAGGCUACGAUGGGGGUGACUGCCGUUGGCUGGGGCGCUGCUAUGCCUGGGAGCGUCGGGAUGGUGUUUGCAACAUGGAGUGCAACAAUAUGCUCCACAAUUUUGAUGAUGGAGACUGUUGUAACCCCAAAGUAACCAAUGUAAGGAAAACGUGCUUUGAUCCAGAUUCUCCACACAGGGCCUAUAUGAGCAUGAAGGAACUUAAGGAGGCCCUUCAGCUGAACAGCACACACUUUGUCAAUAUCUACUUUGCCAGCUCCGUGCAAGAAGAGCUAGCUGGUGCCGGCACCUGGCCUUGGGACAAGGAUGCCCUCAGCCACCUGGGUGGAGUAGUUCUAAAUCCAGCUUAUUACGGGAUGCCAGGUCAUACAAAUACUAUGAUCCAUGAAAUCGGACACGUCUUGGGACUCUAUCAUGUCUUUAAGGGUGUGGAUGAAAAAGACUCCUGUGAUGAUCCAUGCAGGGAAACAACACCAUCCAUGGAAACUGGAGAUCUCUGCGCCGACACUGCACCUACGCUCAAAAGCAAAGUCUGCAGAGAUCCAGAUCCCAUCAAUGAUACCUGUGGCCAUACUUCUUUCUCUGGAACUCCCUUCAGCAAUUAUAUGAGCUACACAGAUGACAAUUGCACGGACAGUUUUACUCCAAAUCAAGUGGCACGAAUGCAUUGCUAUCUGGAUCUAGUGUACCAGCAGUGGACUCAGAGCAGAAAACCCACUCCUGUCCCUUUGCCGCCGAUGGUGGUUGGUCAAAGUCAGGAUAUGCUCACCAUACACUGGCUACCUCCCAUUAGUGGAAUGCUUUAUGAAAGAGAGUCAGGGAACCUCUGUGGAAAUUGUGCUGAAGAUGGAACUUACAGCCAGUAUGCACACGAAGCCUCUUCUCCUCUAAUCUGUGACUCUUCUGGCUAUUGGACUCCAAAGGAGGCAGUAGGUCCUCCAGAUGUAACUCAACCCUGUGAAACCAGUCUGCAGGCCUGGAGCCCUGAAUUUAACCUGUUUAAUGUGAGCAUGACCACUCCUUGCCUUAAGCCCCUUGGUUGCAUUCUGGAGCUCUACUUUCUAUAUCCUGUGUAUUCUGACUCUCUGCUAAUAUGGACCACAAAUUUCUCCAUCAAUUCCAAAGUGCUGUCAGACAUUGAGAUCCUGACAGAGCAGGGGGAUUCUGUACAUCUUGGACCAAUGGACACAUUCUGUGACAUUCCCCUCACGGUGAAACUGAACCUUACCAAGAAGGUGUCGGGCAUAAAGAUUUACACCUUUGACGAGAAGAUGGAGAUAGAUGCUGCACAGCUAAUCUCCACUCCACACAGUCUCCUUUGUUCAAACUGCAAACCUGUGAAGUACAGAAUUCUGCGGGACCCCGCGUUCCAGGAUGGAUCCCCAGCAAUGGUGAUGCAGCCAGGAAGAAUGUUUAUUGACAAGGAAGUCACAAUAGGCCAACAAUACCAGUACCAAGUACAGGCUAUAGCAGGCGCUGCUAUAAGUGAAGCUUCUCCACCUCUGAUCCACAUCCAUGGCUCUUCCUACUGUGGGGAUGGACAAGUAAGCAGGAGUCUUGCAGAGGAAUGCGAUGAUGGAAACCUAUUAGAUGGGGAUGGUUGCUCUAGAAACUGUAAAAAGGAAAGAGGAUACCACUGUAUUGGUGAACCAAGUCUAUGCUAUGUCCAUGAAGAUGAUGGCAUUUGUGAGCCGUUUGAGGAAAGGAACAGCAUUGUGGAUUGCGGUCUCUUCACCCCAAAAGAUUAUGUGGAUCAGUGGGCAUCAGACGCUUAUGCAUCCCACCAAGAUGAGAAAACAUGUCCAGUCUCUAUGGUGAUUGGAGAACCUCUCGUGAAGGUGUGCAGGCCCCAUCAUCAAGAGACCCUGGAGAGUGAAUCACAGCUGGCGUGGUUUCCUUGUAUGAAAAAUGAUGUUCUUCAGGAUACAGACAUGGAGAAAGCACAUUUGAAUGACAGGAUUUGGCUGAAAGUGUGUUUCAGUCAACCCAGAAUGGCUACUUCACUCUUUGUUUUCCUGGCGACUGUGGGCACUUCCAAUGGGGACCAUCUCAAACCAUCCAUGACAAUACACUUGGGUGACAUCAAUGGUCACAACCAUUUCCUUGCUACAUCAGAGCUGUCAUGUCAGCAGAAUCCCCUGGCCAUCAACGUGACUGGAAAAGUUGCCUCCCACCAAAUCACCUAUGCCUUGUUCAACUUCUCCUCUCUCUCUGUGGGCAUCUCUGCAGUGGCUCUGCGAACCCAUUUGCCGUUUGACACUUCCAGCCCAAGUAAUUGUCUCCCAGAGCAUGAAGGCCAUGGCUGCCAGAGACACAGCUGCACCCAACAUGCCUGUAGAGAGCAGGGAAGCUGUGUUCUUCCACAGAUCCAUCAUGCUAUUCUUGCCAACUGUAGUUCCAGUAGUCGGGGCCACCUAGAAUGUGCUACUUCUUGUGAGAAAGGUUUUGUUCUCCACGUUAAACAUGGACAAUUGCUGUGGCCAGCACAGAAAGAAAUCUUGCUGACUUGUAUCUCUGGUCACUGGGACAGAUCAGUGACAUGUAACCCUAUUGACUGCCAAUUUCCAGACCAAUCUCACGUUCUUUAUGCCGAGUUUUCGUGUCCCAAAGGAACUACAUUUACGAAGCGAUGUUUCCUUUCCUGUAUCAAGCCAGCGAAACUCCAAGGAAUUAAUCAGUGGAUCACCUGCCUGGAAGAUGGACUCUGGUCACUUCCAGAAGCUUACUGCAAACUGGAGUGUGACUCUCCAGGCCCAAUUGCCAACGCUGAGCUGUUGGUGCCUCGAUGCAAGCAAGGGAAUCAUGACAUAGGAUCUGUCUGUCGCUAUAAGUGUAAGCCUGGAUACCACGUUGCAGAAACAAAAGAGAAAAAGACCAGGAAAACAUUUUUGAAUAUCCACUGCCUUGAAACUGGCUUCUGGGAGGAAGGGAGCUGCAUUCCUGUGGUUUGCAAACCGCCCCCACCAGUCUUUGAAGGGAUGUACAACUGCACCAAUGGCUUUGAGCUUGACAGUCGGUGUGUUCUUAGCUGUGGCCCACAGAGUAAGACGCUUUCCAUUCUUUGCACUAAAAAUGGCUUGUGGACAGAGGAAUUUAAAUUAUGUGACGAACUGCAAGGAGAGUGUGUACCACCGCAGGAGCUUAAUUCAGUGGAAUACAAGUGUGAGCAAGGUUAUGGAAUUGGGGCUUCAUGCACACCUUCCUGUUUGUUUCUACCUAGAGAUCCUGUGACAUUGCCUGAAAAUGUCACUGCUGAUACCAUGGACCACAGACUGAAACCUACUAAAGUCCAGAGUAUCGUGUGUACUGGAAGAUUGGAAUGGUAUCCUAACCCAAAAUCUAUUCAUUGUAUUAUUUCUUGUGAGCCUUUCCAUGCCGAUGGCUGGUGUGAUACCAUCAACAACCGAGCCUAUUGUCAGUAUGAUGGUGGUGACUGUUGUUCCUCCACAGUCUCCUCGAAGAAGGUUGUUCUGUUUCCCAACGGCUGUGAUGAGGAUGAAUGCACCUGCCGGGAUCCAGCAGCAGAAGAAAAUCAGUAGCCCACUGCAGCAGCCCACUAGGACACGUUGUGCUGCCAAGGCUCAACUUGGAAGAAAUGACAAAGGCUUGAGGGAAAGCAUAAAUAGGAGACAGCAAGGGCUGAAGAAAAGGAUUCAGGGGAAGUCUGGUCCUG